GUAUAAAAGCACCCUGCACCUUUCACCUCCUCUCAUUGCCUCAAGUCUCGUACUGUACUCACUACAGCGUAACCAUCAGCCGCCAUGCCUGUGGACUUCAGCGGGAAUUGGAUACUGGAGAGCAAUGACAAAUUUGACGAUUACAUGAAAGCACUCGAUAUUGACUUUGCAACGAGGAAAAUAGCCGCCUAUCUGUCCCAAACCAAAGUGGUGGUCCAAGAGGGUGACAUGUUUGACUUCAAAACACUGAGCACCUUCAGGAACUAUGAGCUGGCCUUCACCGUGGGGGUGGAGUUUGAUGAGUACACCAAGGGACUCGACAACAGAACUGUCAAGAGUCUGGUGUCCUGGGAGGGGGACAAGCUUGUUUGCACCCAGAAAGGAGAGAAAGCAAAUCGAGGCUGGAAGCAUUGGAUCCAAGGGGACAAAAUGUACCUGGAGCUGACAUGUGAAGAUGCAGUUUGUCUACAGGUGUUCAAGAGAAAAGAAUAAUAUAUUCUUCUAUAUAUUUGCUUUUCUUUCCAUCCCCCAACAAGUUACACUGCAUAUUUGGCUCGCAGUAAACUUGACACACAGCUCUUAACCCCAGUGGGUACCUUUGCUUUUUAAGGAGUACAAUUUAUAUUUAGCAUUAAAGACACAAUGUAAAAAAAAUAAACUGUUGCAAUGGUAUUAUUAUUAUUAUUAUUACCAUUACACGACUGAGAGGUCAUUUGGUGACAUUGUUCAAUAAAUAUCUUUAAGAAGU